AUGGGCAGAGCGGCGGGGCUCGCGCUCCUCUGGCUGGCCCUCGGUCUCUGCGCGGGGCUCCAGGACAACUCCAUCUACGACGAGGACGAGGAGGCUGUCGAGCUCACUUGGCGGCCCUCAAAAUACGGCUCUCUGUGGCCUCUGCCGCAGAAAGUGCAGAUAUCCGAGGUUUCCUACGUGCUGAGCGGCUCCACUUUCAAAAUAUCGGACGCCCCGGAGUCGUCGGCCGGUUCGAGCUGCAGCCUCCUUCAGAACGCCUACAGGAGGUGUUAUGAAUACAUGUUCGGUGUCAAAAAGCAGAGGGGGACAAAAAGCCGGAGAACGGGUCUCGCCGAACUGACCGAGCUCCAGGUGUGGGUCACGUCACCUGACUCUGAGUGUGACGCCCAUCCCAGCGCGAGCUCCGACGAGUCAUGUUUGCAGACUUUCAGCCAGUUGCUGUAUGAGGAUGAAUAUGGAGCCAAAAGCAUGAACUCAACGAAAAUCAGUGACUUCCCAAGAUUCGCACACCGAGGCGUCUUGUUGGACACCUCGCGGCAUUUCCUUCCCGUUAAAGUCAUUUUGGCUAAUCUGGAAACGAUGGCGAUGAACAAACUAAACGUCUUCCACUGGCACAUCGUGGACGAUCCGUCCUUCCCUUACUUGAGUCGGACGUUCCCACAGCUGAGCCAGCAGGGAGCCUACCACCCAUACACCCACGUGUACACACCAGCUGAUGUGAAGAUGGUGAUCGAGUUUGCUCGUUUGAGAGGUAUCCGGGUCAUCCCAGAGUUCGACACUCCGGGACACACACAGUCCUGGGGUAAAGGCCAGGCGGAUCUGCUGACGCCCUGCUACUCUGGCGCUCAGCCCUCUGGCACCUUCGGACCUGUGAACCCAAUGCUGAACACCACCUAUGACUUCAUGACGCAGUUCUUUAAAGAGAUCAGCGGUGUGUUCCCAGACGGAUACGUCCACCUGGGAGGAGAUGAAGUGGAUUUCACGUGCUGGAAGUCCAACCCGGACAUUCAGAAGUUCAUGGAUCAGCAAGGCUUUGGAAAGGACUUCAGCAAACUGGAAUCCUUCUACAUUCAAAAACUCUUGGAUAUUGUCACCACUACCAAGAAGGGCUACAUUAUUUGGCAGGAGGUCUUUGACAAUGGCGUAAAGCUAAAGCCCGACACGGUAGUGCAUGUGUGGAUCGGGAGCGGCAUUAAUAACGAGAUGAGCAAGGUGACGGCAGCGGGAUACACCACCAUCCUCUCAGCCCCGUGGUAUCUAGAUUAUAUUAACUACGGACAGGACUGGCAGAAGUACUACAAGGUCGAGCCCCUCAACUUCGACGUGGGCUUACACUUAAAACUGCACAGACGUGACACAGCGGGUCAGAGUGACGCCCGUGGGGCAGUGUGGUUGCUGAAGGCAGACACACUUAUCCACGUUUGGAAGGGAAACCAGCAGCAAUACCAGAACGAGAUGGCAAAUGUUACAUCUGUAGGGUACCAGACCCUGCUGUCAUCUCCCUGGUACCUCAACCGUAUCUCCUAUGGUCAGGACUGGCAGGGCUUUUACAAGGCCGACCCGCAAGAUUUUAAGGGAACUGAGGAGCAGAAGAAGCUGGUGAUUGGUGGAGAGGCUUGUUUGUGGGGAGAGUAUGUAGAUGCUACUAACCUGACGCCCAGACUCUGGCCCCGGGCCAGUGCUGUGGCAGAGCGCCUGUGGAGCGCCAAAGACGUGACGGACAUCGACGACGCGUUCAGCAGACUGUCGGUGCACCGCUGUCGUAUGGUAGAGCGGGGGAUACCAGCCGAGCCGCUGUUCUCCGGUUUCUGUCCCCGCGAGUACAGAGGGAUCUGA